CUACGGAUUGCGCGGCCAAAUCAAAGCAAUAUGGCGGCUUGACAUAAUAACUUUUCGUACGGAAUACAUUAUUUCGGCAGAAAUUGGGGCGAUCAUCACAGAAUCCGAGAUCGAAUUUCGAUUGAUGUAAAAGGGUGCGAGGGGGAAUCUCUUGCGGCGCGCGGACCUCACUGCUCAACGUGUUCACUGGUCGAGCAAGGGUGCAGCGUUUCCACGGUGCUUAAGACUUGGCGCUUUUGAGAUUUAUUUCCCCUACGGGCGCGGAGAUGUCCUUAAUUAUUAAAUGAGAAGUAGUGAUGCCGUCCAACAAGUUCUAGCACCAGCCACCGUCUUUCUAUGAGGGAUUAUGUCGUCCACACAGAGCAAAAUGCGAGGUCCUGGAAGACCACCAAAGUCGAAAAACUCUUGUACGUGGUGCGGAGAGACUAAACAGCCACUAAAGUACGUUCUACCGACGCAACAUGGAAAGAAGGAGUUCUGUUCUGAGACUUGUCUAUCGGAAUUUCGCAAGGCUUACAUACGAGGUGCCUGCGUCCAAUGCGACAAUGUUAUCAGAGGCACUCCGGUGAGAUUGGAGCAGAAAGACGGGCCUACAAAAGAUUUUUGUUCUUCGUUUUGCUUGAACAAACACCAAAAGAAGGAAGGGCAAAUAGAUAUAAAGAAAAGUAACAGGGAUCAGGCAUCACCAGCACCAUCUCUCGCACCAUCUGGAUUGAUAAGUGGAAAUAAUAUUCCAUCUACAACUCAGUCGUUUACAAAUACAAAUCACACAAAUAUAUCUCACUCUCCAUCAACCUCCACUGGUCCAUUUCAAUAUGAAACGUAUCAAACUUUUGAUUGGGAUCUUUACUUGAAGGAAACAAACAGUCAAGCUGCGCCUAUCGAAUGUUUCAAACAGCAUGAGAUUCCACCAACCAACGAAUUUAAAAUGGGUAUGAAAUUAGAGGCUCUUGAUCCUCGCAAUUUGACAUCAACGUGCAUUGCAACUGUAGUUGGGGUGCUUGGUCCUCGUCUCAGACUGAGGUUGGAUGGCUCGGAUAACAAAAAUGAUUUUUGGCGUUUAGUGGACAGUAAUGAAAUUCAUCCAAUUGGCCAUUGUGAGAAAUCUGGUGGAAUGUUGCAACCACCAUUGGGCUUCCGAAUGAAUGCUUCCAGUUGGCCAAUGUUCCUUCUGAAAACAUUGAAUGGUGCAGAAAUGGCACCUGCAAAAGUAUUUAAACGCGAACCAAAAACACCGCGUUCUAAUAUGUUUGAGGUUGGGCACAAAUUGGAAGCUAUAGAUAAAAAAAACCCGCAACUCAUUUGCACAGCAACUGUUGGUGCAGUUAAAGAGGAGAUGAUUCACAUAACGUUUGACGGCUGGCGAGGAGCGUUUGAUUAUUGGUGUCGUUUUGACUCUAGAGAUAUCUUUCCUGCUGGUUGGUGUUUUAAAAGUGGUCAUCCAUUGCAACCGCCUAGACAGAAAUCAACAGGGCCUAAUAGAUUUAAGUCUAGGACAAGUAACGUUUUACCAGUAAUGGCAGUGUCGGGCGGAGGUACUAAUGGAGAACCAGCUGUUGCUUUAGUGAGUCCAGCAGGUUCAAGUGCUCCACCACAACCAGCUACAGAACCUGAUACUAGUACAGCUAAUACCAAACCACAUUCUUUAGAGAAUGUUACAAUUUAUGUAAAUCAUAAUUGCACAUGUGGCCCUUAUUUUGAUCCUCGUAAAGUGAAAGCAAUGCCAGCACAAUUUGGUACUGGCCCUAUACUAAAUGUUACAAGAGAUAUAUUUCAAGCCUUUUUGAUGGCAGCAAUGAGUCCAAGACAGAUGCUGAGCCUGUUAAAACGUGGCGAGGGAGAAACUAUAAGUUUAAUUCUAGAGAGUAAACCUACUUCUGUUAGAUUACCGAUAUUUAUGGAGGAAGAAGAUUUUUACAUAUAUAUUAGACGGCAACUCGAAGAUCUUUGCGCGUGUGAGCAUAUGUUAUUUAGAAGGAAAGAACCCUGCAAUAAAUGUCCAAAUACUCAACAGCCACAAUCCACUAAUAGUGAAGAAGCAGUUAACACCGCUACUGCUACAACUAAUAAUAAUACUGCUGGAGAAAAAAGAAGAUGGUCUCAAAGUCAACAAAAUCUGUCACCGACUGCCGCACAGCAGCAAACGCAACAAAAUUCUGUACAAAGUAUAAACAAUUCGUCACUAUCCUCGCUAACACCUGCAAAGCAACCACGAAAAUCUGUUCCAGAACUCGAAGCCGCAACAUCUACUACUCAAUCUGAAACUUCCAUGAAUCGUAUACCUUCUACUGAACCAGCAGAAUGGACUAUUGAGGAUGUAAUACAUUACAUUGGUGUUACUGACCCUGCGUUGGGUCAGCAUGCAGAUUUAUUUAGAAAACAUGAAAUUGAUGGGAAAGCUUUGUUACUUUUAAAUUCUGAUAUGAUGAUGAAAUAUAUGGGACUAAAACUUGGGCCAGCACUUAAAAUAUGCAAUUUGGUAAAUCGCAUUAAAGGCAGAAGACAUCUUCUUCUGUGACUUUGUCAAACAUCAAACUAUGUACAUUUUGUUUCUUCAGGAGAAUGCCUGACAUCACGCGGCAAAGAUGACUCAUCUUCAAGUGGAACUUGAAUAGGAGGAUCCAUUCGCCAUAUUUGUCAAAUCUCUCACCAACAGAUUUUCACUUGUUUUUGAAUUUGGAUAACUGGAUGUAAGGAAUAAUUACAAUAAUGAAAGUGAUGUGAAAGAAGAAGUAUCAAGAUUUUUCCGCGGUACAACAAAGGAUUUUUGUAAAAACGGUAUUUAUAAGUUGUUAAAUCGUUGGGGAAAAAGCUAUGAAGGUUCAUAUUUUGAUGAAUAAAUUCAUGUUUUUCAUAUGGAAAAACGGCAAGAACUUUUCUGGAUAUCUAAUAUUUACUAUAUAAGAUGAAAAGUUUAGAAACACAAAUUGUUUAUAUCAAACAAACUUUUAAUUACAUUUGUUUAUAUAUUUUUGGCACUUCGUUGUUGUUUCUUUUUUCUUUUUUUUUUUAUAGGAAUAAUAUAUAUGUAACAAAACAUUUUUAACAAAUUUGAUUUGAAUAUAUAAUUCAAAUAAAGUUGAAUUGCCAUGUUAUAUGUGUUUUAGAAUAUACGUUUUUAUAUUUUAAAUAUACGCAUAAAUGUUUAUAUCUUUUGUAAUAAUAAUAUUUUUACUUUUAUGUAAAAAAAGAAUUUCUAGAUGUUAUAUAAUAUAUUUAUUAAUGUGUAAUUUCAUAAAAAUAUUUUCUAAAAAUGAAGAGUGUAUAAUUCAUAGACAAGGGCAUUACAAGGUAAUUUAUAUUACUUUUUUUUAGACACAGUAUUACACAUUUGGUUAUAUUCAUUUAUAAUACCUUUUAAAAUUCUUUUAAUAAUCCAUGAAACUAUGUUUAUUGCAUAGUAUUAAUAUACAGUUUCCAUUUUAAUAUGUACAUAUAAAAAAUUUGAAUGUAUGCAAAAUUAUCUCUGUGAUACAUUGCAUGAUUAUAAUAUUAAAGAUUAGUUAUUAAAAAAUAUGUAAAAAACAUA